CUCCGGGGCGGAGUAUAUCAGGCGGGACUCGGGCGCUCCCCCUCGCACUCGCGCGUUAGGAAGCUUGGGUGUGUGUGGUGCUCUGUCUUCCCGCCCGCGUCAGGGACCUGCCCGACUCAGCGGUGUAAUAAAGGCCCACUGCAGGAAAGGCACUAGAAUAUCAAGUCCUACAACCAUCAUUUAAGGCUGCCAUGGCAUCAGAUGAAGGCAAGCUUUUCGUGGGAGGACUCAGCUUCGACACCAACGAGCAGGCGCUGGAGCAGGUCUUCUCCAAGUAUGGGCAGAUCUCUGAAGUGGUGGUGGUAAAGGACAGGGAGACCCAGCGAUCCCGAGGCUUUGGGUUUGUCACCUUUGAAAAUAUUGAUGAUGCUAAGGACGCCAUGAUGGCUAUGAAUGGAAAGUCUGUGGACGGGCGGCAGAUCCGAGUUGACCAGGCUGGCAAAUCUUCUGACAACCGGUCCCGAGGAUACCGGGGUGGCUCUUCUGGAGGCCGGGGCUUCUUCCGUGGGGGACGAAGCCGAGGCCGAGGGUUCUCCAGAGGAGGAGGAGACCGAGGCUAUGGAGGUGGCCGCUUUGAGUCCCGGAGUGGGGGUUAUGGAGGCUCCAGAGACUACUAUGCCAGCCGGAGUCAGGGUGGCAGCUAUGGUUAUCGGAGCUCCGGCGGGUCCUACAGAGACAGCUAUGACAGUUAUGCUACACACAACGAGUAAAAGCCCUCCGCGUCCAGAUCGUCCUUCCAUGGCUGUAAUUAAGAUGGGGGAGCUUCGCUGAUCGUUGUGUAGUGAGCACCUUGUUACCACUUUUGUAGUCCUUUCCGUUCUGACCCAUCAGCAGCCUGCUUCUGACCGAGAUGGCCUCGUGACUAGACCUGUUUUUAAGGAAGCGCUGUCUGUUUUUAAGCAUUCUUAAAAACGUUUUGGAAAGCACUCCAGAUUUUACUGUUUACCAUGAGCCAUGGGUUUUUGUUUUUUUUGUUUUUUCCUAAAUUGUCGGGUUGUGUGGGUUUUGGUUACUCGUUUUUGUUUUUUCAGGUUUUUUGGUUGUGGUUUUUCUUUUUUUCUUUUUUCUUUCCUUUUUUUGUAUGGUCGCCCAUGAAGUCUGGCGCCCCACCCUCCUGAGACAGAAUGGACUCGAUUUGAGUAAGCCAUGACCUUACAGCUCCCCAGCCCUGCUGCGGAGCGCAGCAGGUCCUGCCCAUCGGGCACAAGUCUCAAGCCCGUGUGGAGCAUAGCAGUCUGGGAGGCUGUGGAAAUGUUUAUUUAUAUUGUCCUUUUUUACCGAAGACAUGCAUACUCCAUCGAUGUUGUAUUCACAGUGGCUGAGGAAUUCUUGUACGCAGUUUCUUUGGCUUCACGAAGCCGAUUAAAAGACCGUGUGAAAUGAA